GAACGCAUGAAAUAUCCGCAAGACACUUUUUUGGAUGUGAUCACGUUUUCCAGUAAGAAUAUACUCGUAUCUAGUGCUUUACUACUUAUGGUUUUCCGUGACGAGUUUUCCGAGAGCAGAGUUAGCGUGUAGUCUGGUUGAUCUGGUCUGGAUAAUAAUGCUGCGCCAAUUGUGUUUAAUUAUAUCUGGUGCAAUUUGUACCGAUAUGUUAAGAAAAAAUAGAUUGGGAUAUUAUCAUGCGUCGUUUUGUCUGGCUGUUGUGGUGUUUCUUAUCAUAUUUCAGAUGGAUUCGGCAGUAUUUCUUCCAGACUGGGGAUACGCUAGUCGCGAUAUUAAUGAGGUGCAGCAACUUCCUCCGACAAAAUGGUCGGAUCGGUAUCCGCGAUGCAAUGGAACUCGACAAUCCCCCAUAUCCAUCAACAGCAGCACAGCGCAAGCUGACGGAUCUCUCACCGAAGUGGGCUAUUACAAUUACGCUGCGCGGGCUGUAGAUGAUCUUUGGACUAUUGCCAACACUGGACAUGUCGUCCUGUUUUCUGGUAACUUCAAAAAUACCCCCGGAAUCCACUCGGCCGGUCUGAGUAUUCCGUAUUUCUUCCAGCAGAUGCAUUUCCACUGGGGAGCCGUCAAUAACCGGGGAUCGGAGCAUGUUAUUGACGGACGCCGGUAUCCGUUAGAACUUCACAUUGUACACCGCAGUCACGAUGAAAUGGAGCACUGGCAGCCGUACGAUAUCACCAGUUCAUCCGACUCAAUCGGCACCGCAGUGAUUGCGGUAAUGUUCGAACUGGCUCAAGAAGGCGACGAAAAGAAUGAACACCUGGAUCGUCUAUUCCACGCUUUAGCCGCUGCAACUUUAAUAGAUAGCGCACCUAUUAAUAUCAGUCUUCCUGAACUGACGCUAUUUGACCUACUGCCACAACACCAGUCAUAUUAUCGUUACAUCGGAUCGCUAACGACUCCACCGUGCGCGGAAGCGGUUAUCUGGACGGUUAUGGAGCAGCCGUUAAAGGUCACGGAAGAGCAGCUGGAAAUCUUCCGCCAUUUACGAGAAACCGUCGAAUACUAUCCUCCUGUAGAACAUGUAGAUGUCGUGGCGAAAAAGUCCGAAAGGGAUGUGGAAAUAGUGGACAAUUUCAGACCACUACAGGAUCUCAAUAAACGAAUUGUGACGCAUUUCGCUGUUGCGACUAGCAAUCCUCCAGAAGCGGAAACUGUAUCUAAGGGACACCGAUACCGAUUAAAAGGACGCAAUUCCGGUGUACUGUUAAUAGUUCUGGUGUUUUGCAUAAUUACGAGGUAUAUAUAGCUUAUUGUUUGCUAAUUAAACAAUAUUCCGGCAAUCACAUGACUGAUGAUGGGUUUUUUUAUUGGGAUACGCUGAACAAAACAAUGUCUUGUGUAAAACACUAAAGCGUAUUAUUAAAUCUAAU